AUUGCGGAGAUCAGAACAAGACGUGAUGUGAUAGCCAGAGAAUAGUUGUAUUCUUUUACAGUGCUGAAACGUUGGAUUCGUUACGGAUUAUUAUGAGUCGGUCAUCUGACGAUUAAGAUAUUGUUUUUGUCAUUGAGGAUUUUGCUUAAUGUUCUGUCUAACGAUGGGAGGAGGAGGACAAAGGCGCGGAUGGGAGUACUGGUGGGUUGUUCUGCGUUUCUCUUUUCUGCUGUGCUUGGGGGAGCAGGUUUCAGCACAGAUAAGGUACUCUAUUCCAGAGGAGGUGAAAGAGGGAUCCGUUGUUGGAAAUGUUUUUAAGGAUUUGGGUCUUGACGUGAGUACUUUGGUGGAGAGACGGUUUCGUAUCGUUUCUGGAUCUAAGGACGCUCUUUUCCAGGUAAAUCAGAACAAUGGCGUCUUGUAUGUUCAGAAAAAAAUCGACAGAGAGGAGCUCUGUGAUGGUAAUAGCGCCUGCUUGAUUGACCUGAAAAUGGUUGUUGAAAACCCUCUAGAAAUCCAUUACGUUGGUGUAGAAAUUACCGAUGUGAAUGAUAAUUCUCCCAGUUUCCCAGAGAUAGCAAAAGGGCUGGACAUUUCGGAGAGCACACACGCUGGAUCGCAUUUCCAACUGCCAGCUGCGCGUGAUCUUGACUCUGGGAUGAAUUCCAUUCGCUUGUACAAGUUAAGUCAAAACGCUAAUUUUGAAUUGGAAGUUCGAGAUAGAGGAGAUGAAAAGGUUCCCUUUUUAGUCCUACAGAAAACGCUGGAUAGAGAGCAGAAAUGUGAGCACAGAUUAUUACUGACAGCAAUCGAUGGAGGGAAUCCGCCGAGAUCAGCCAAUCUUAAUUUGACGGUCACAGUGCUAGACAUAAACGACAACCGACCUGUAUUUAGUCAGGAGGUGUACACUGUAACGCUGGAGGAAAACGGAUCUAUCAACACUGUUGUGAUACAAGUAAAAGCUAUUGACUUGGACGAGGGUGUCAAUGGUGAUGUUGAAUAUACUCUUGGCAGAGAUCUUAAUCGUAAAGUUUACGAGGUGUUUCAUUUAGACGGUGUCACUGGAGAAAUUCGAGUCAAAGGAGAGGUCGACUUUGAAUCGACAGAAGUUUAUAGACUUGACGUGCAGGCUUCGGAUAAAGGACAGCCUCCCAUGACUGUGAGCUGUAGAGUUAUCAUUAAGAUAACAGAUGUAAAUGACAACAAACCAGAUAUAGAGGUGACAUCCCUCUCUAAUUUAGUUCCGGAAGAUGCAAAACCUGGAACUGUUGUUUCUCUUAUUAGUGUGACAGAUAAGGACUCGGGUAUAAAUGGAAAGGUGUUGUGUAGUCUGUCAGAUACUGUACCGUUUGAGUUAAAACCCUCAUACCAAGAUAAUAUGUAUUCUUUAGUGACCAAGCAGCGUUUAGAUCGAGAACUCGUGUCCCAUUAUGACAUCACAAUAACAGCCACUGACUGUGGUCAGCCUCCUCUGUCCACAUUCAAAACUCUGAGCGUCCAGAUAUCAGAUGUGAACGACAACAGUCCAGAAUUCUCCCAAACCCCUCUUCAGCUGUACUUACUGGAAAAUAACGCCCCUGGUGCAUCGAUAUUCUCUGUAAGCGCCACUGAUAAAGACUUGAAUGAAAAUGCUGCGAUUUCAUAUCACAUAGUUAGAGGUGAAGGGACACAGAAUGAUAUGGCAUCUUUCCUCAAUAUCAAUUCGGAUAAUGGAGAUAUUUCCGGGCUAAAAACCUUUGAUUUUGAAUCCCUCAAAAUGUUUCAAUUCCAAAGUUGUAGCUACAGACUCUGGAACUCCGUCUCAAAGCACCAACGUCACAGUGAACGUGUUCAUUCUGGAUCAGAACGACAACGCUCCAGUGAUCUUGUAUCCAGUCAGCACUAACGGUUCCGCUGAAGGUGUGGAGGAGAUUCCCCGCAAUGUGAACGCAGGCCAUUUGGUGACUAAAGUGAGAGCCUAUGACGCUGAUAUAGGAUAUAACGGCUGGUUAUUAUUUUCA